GGAGACAGACGGAGAGAGGAACGGAAAGAGAGAGAGGAGGGGGGAAGAGAGAGAUCCAGCAGGCACCACUCCGCGUUUAGUGUGUCAGUUGCAUCCAACGGAUUCACACAAGUACGAAUUGAUUGAACUUUCCGCUACGUUAAACGUUGGAUUACACGCCGUGGUAAAGGAGGGGGACUAUGAGGUUGAAGCCCAGCUCCCUUGUAGGACAUACAUACCGGGGCAGAUAGAGGCUUGGCGGUCUGUGCAAAUACAACCGUUCCACCAUGAGAACUUGCUUGUUGGCCCUGCUUUGGGCGUCUCUGUCCCACUGUGUGGACGCCAUGUUUCUCACCGGAAGGACUGGGGUGGAGACGGGACGAGAGGAGAUGAUCGGAGACGGAGCAAGGGAAGGGAAGCUACUGAGGCGUUUCAAGCGAGGAUGGAUGUGGAACCAGUUCUUUUUGCAGGAGGAGUACACUGGGAGUGAUAAGCAGUACAUUGGAAAGCUCCAGUCUGACAUGGACAAGGGAGAUGGAACCCUGAAGUACAUUCUAACCGGGGAUGGCGCUGGAGACAUAUUUACCAUAGAUGAGAGCAAUGGUGAUCUCCAUGCCAACAAAAGGCUGGACAGAGAGGAAAAGGCCUUCUAUACGCUCAGAGCCACAGUAGUCAACAGGAACACGGGGAAGAAACUGGAGCCAGAGACCGAGUUCAUUGUUAAACUCCAUGAUAUCAAUGACAACGAGCCCAAAUUUGCAAAAGAGGUUUACACCGCCAGUGUACCUGAGAGUUCUGUCAUAGGUACUUCAGUCACUCAGGUGACAGCCACGGACGCAGAUGACAGUAUGUAUGGGAACAGCGCUAAGCUACGCUACAGCAUCAGCCAAGGGCACCCGUAUUUCUCAGUGGACCCGGACACAGGCGUCAUCAGAACAGCUCUGGGGCCCGGAGAGAUGGACAGGGAGAAGCGGGAGCACUACCAGGUGGUGAUCGAGGCCAAGGACAUGGCCGGCCAACGGGGAGGUCUGACCGGGACCACCGCUGUCAAUAUCACCCUGACCGAUGUCAACGACAAUGCCCCGGGCUUCUCACAGAAUAUGUAUCAGUUCAGUGUUCCGGAGUCCAUAAAAGCUGGACAUCCAGUUGGGCGAAUUAAAGCAGUGGAUAAAGACAUUGGGAAGAAUGCAGAGAUGAGCUACAGCGUUGUCAGCGGGGACGGCCUGGACAUCUUCGAUGUCAACACAGACAGAAACACACAGGAAGGUGUCAUCACUGUUCUAAAGCCGUUGGACUAUGAGAAAACCAUGUCUUACACCCUGGAGAUCCAGGUCCAGAACGUCCAGGCCUUGCACACCCACUCCCAGGGGACCCUGCCCACCAUAGCCACGGUCAGGAUCGAUGUGGAGGACGUGGAUGAACCUCCUCUGUUCGAGAGAGCCAGCUACCUGAUGGAGGUGAAGGAGGACGCGGCCCUGGGCGCUGUAGUGGGAUCCGUCAGGGCCAUGGACCCGGACAGAACCAACAGCCCUGUCAGGUAUUCUAUUGAUCGUCGUACAGAUCUGGAUAGGCAUUUUAACGUGCAUUCUGGGAAUGGGUCCAUAUUUAUCACGAGACCUCUUGAUCGGGAAGAAGCUGACUGGCACAACAUUUCAGUUAUCGCCACGGAGUUCAACAAACCUCUGCAGGCCAGUCGAGUGCCUGUUUAUAUCCGUCUUCUAGAUGUCAACGACAAUGCGCCCAUGUUCGCCUCUUUCUAUGAGACGUUUGUUUGUGAAAAGACCAAGGCGGGACAGAAGAUCCAGAUGGUGAGUGCUGUGGAUGCUGAUGACCCUGUAGGCGGACACAAGUUCUUCUUCAGUCUGGACACAGAAGGAGUUUAUAGAGGGAACUUCACCGUCAGAGACAAUGGAGAUAACACGGCCAGCAUCCUCACCCGACGCUCCAGCUACAACCCGCUGCACAAGAGCGUCUACCUGGUUCCCGUGGUGAUCACAGAUGGCGACUUCCCCAUGCAGAGCAGCACCGGGACGCUGACGGUGCGCGUGUGCACCUGUGAUCGCGAGGGCAACAUGGAGCUGUGCAACGCCGAGGCGCAAACCAGCUCGGCGGGACUCAGCACCGGGGCCCUGGUGGCCAUCUUGCUGUGUGUCAUCAUCCUCCUCAUGAUCGUAGUGCUGUUUGCGGCUUUGAAGAGGCAGAAGAAGAAGGAGCCUCUGAUCAUCUCUAAAGAGGACGUGCGAGACAACGUGGUCAGCUACAAUGACGAGGGAGGCGGAGAGGAAGACACCCAGGCCUUCGACAUCGGGGCUCUGCGUAACCCAGAAGCCAUGGAGGAGAGCAAGCAGAGGCGGGACAUAAUCCCCUCGGAUACUUUGUACCCGCCCCUCAGGCGGACAGCCAUCCCGUCGCAGGACAACGCAGACGUCAGAGAGUUCAUAAACCAGAGGGUGGUGGACAACGACAGUAACCCCACCGCCCCUCCGUAUGACUCUUUGGCCACAUAUGCCUACGAGGGGGCCGGCUCUGUGGCUGAGUCGCUCAGCUCCCUGGGGUCAGCGUCCUCGGAGGGGGACCAGGACUACAACUACCUCAGCGACUGGGGGCCCCGCUUCAGAAAACUAGCUGACAUGUACGGGGCUGAGGACAGCGACCGUGAUUCCUAACACACCACCCGGGCCCGUUACUCUGCGGUAGUUCGGGAAGGAUGAACUGUAACAAACUUUCAUUUGUCUUCUCAGAAAUAAGAGGACAAAUGUGGCAGCCCCCGGUUUCUACAAAGUGCUCUUUUAUUCCUUCCGACUCAAAUGCGGGCCAUAGGUCUUUCUGAUGGCCCGGCCAGACAGGGACUGCGCCACUGUGUGGAUUUAUUUUAAUGGUUUAACUGCAAGACAGUCUUUUGAAGUGAAGGUGAACUUCAGUGGAAUAUUCUUAGUUUAAUGUCAAAAGAAAGUAUAAAUAGAUACAUUUAUUUUUUAUUUUCCGGUUAUGUCAGUGUCUCUAUGCUGCAUUGGAAGGGACCACAAGUUGUUGGUUCUGUGUUUCUCUGAAUGCGUCUGUGUAUUCUUCAGAGAAAUAUUUUCUGUACUGUCACUGAAAGUGCAGUAUGUUGUACUUUAAAGUGUUAAUAAAACGGAACGUUUACUUUUCCAGGAACAUGGACCUGCAACUGAACAUAUUUUAAGAUAUUCUUCAUACCUUCAGUAUUUUAUAGAGGCCAAAUUCUUUGGAUGGAAGUAUAGACCAGGACCCAUAUAUUGUUCAUGAAUGUUUGCGGAAUUAAGGAAUGGGCAGCCCUUGUUCUUACUACAUUCCCCUACCAAGAUUUCUGUUGCACAGGCAGUUCAAUAUUCCCAUUUAAAGAUAUCUGUUCAUUUCACCAAUCCAACUAUAUCCAAGAAGAACACACUCAAAACAUAAUUUGACACAAGGACUGUGUGUGUUUCCUGUCUGCACAUGAUGAUGAUGACUGACAAAAAGGAGGAACAAGGAACAAGCUUACAGUGAAUUCCAGCAACAUCAGCAUCCUCAUAAUCAGCGAUCAAUCAAUCAUUCAAUCAAUCGUUGUUCCAGCGAAAUACACACAUAUGGCUUGCUUCCAUCAAGUCUACACAAAAGCCUACAGGGUGAAUGAGCAGGGCAUAUCUUUUAUGUUAUUAUAGUACUUACAGAGUAAAACAAUAAUUAUUUAACAACUUACUCAACUUGUGUAUUUGGUUAGCUAACACAACAUGAAUUGAAUUGGAAUUGCCAUCACAUGGCACAAAGUGCAGUUUUAGGAAGAACGACUAAAUAUAUGACUAAUUUACAAGGGUUUUAUCUGUAGUUCGGCAUUAAAAAAGUAAUUAAAGAGCCACUGCAGAGGAGAUUGAACUGGAAAAAUAGACAUUAAAACUGUCUAUGUUCACAGCAGAGCUUGUGUUUUACAAGGAGAACAUGAACAAUUACCUAACCUCCUUGAAAUGAACCAAAACGAUCUAAAUCAUUUGUAGUAAAUCUUUCAUUUAGCCAUGAUGUGCUAGUUGUUCUGUUCUCUCUGUGCCAAUAUUGGAUGGUAAUGCUUUUCACUCUGUCUGAACUUGUAUCCCAGUAAGUAGCUAAGCAAGCAUACGCAAUCCUUUCAAAACAAGUUAAAACGAAUCCAAAGGAUCAAUUACAGCUGAUCUGUGAUUCUACUUUGACAGUGUAGGCAGAUAAUUAUGUGUUUUAUUUGGGUACAUCAUUCUGAUUUGACAUCAGAAGUUUUCUCUGUAAAAUUAACUAAAUAAUGGUGAAUACUGUGGUUUAAACAGUGCUUUGUGGCAGUGAUUUCGGAGCGUAGCUGAUGUUCAUGAUGUAUUGCUUUUUAUAUUGUGUUUUUAUUUUGUACCAAAUAUUUAUAGGACACAUGCUGAGUUAAUUAAUAUUCUUAAAACAUUAGAGUCCAACCAAUAUCACUGUUUUUGAUGUUGUACAUUUAAAUGUGGACACUACAGGCUACAGUACAGUCAUAAUAUGAUGUGUAAACAAUUGUAAAAUUUUACCAUAAUAAACUUUUCCAGUAAAUCAUAAAA